UGUUACUGACGCUUAUUUUUCUCAACGAAUCAGUUCUUCCGUCCAGCAGGCUGAUCUCUGAGCACCUGUUGAAGAAACGCUCACACAGCGAGAAGCCGGUGAGCCGGAGGGUCCCAGGCGCGCAACUCUUCAGUGGAGCACAGCUUUGACUAAGUGGACUAACUGAGUAAGAGAGCGGACUCCGCAGGACGCCCACCAACACAAGACACUCUGCAGAAGUUUUUUUCUCUCUUAAAAAGGCGUUUAGGCUGUCAUCUCCUUGACGAAGAGUUGAGUUUCAGAAACAUGUCACUGCCCUAGCGCACAGUCUUUUACUUAUGUGUCAGGAACACAGGUUUUUGCUCGAGUUGAAGACGGCUUUAGUUCUGGGAACUGGAGCUCAGAGUGGAACUCGGCGCCAGAAGAAGAAAACGAAGCGAAAAGCAAAAUGUCGAAGCCGACUGACCACGUAAAGCGUCCGAUGAACGCCUUCAUGGUCUGGUCGAGGGCUCAGAGGCGAAAGAUGGCACUGGACAACCCGAAGAUGCACAACUCGGAAAUCAGCAAGCGUCUGGGCGGAGAGUGGAAACUUUUGUCGGACUCGGAGAAGAGGCCGUUCAUCGACGAGGCCAAGCGGCUCAGGGCGGUGCACAUGAAGGAGCACCCGGACUACAAGUACAGACCUCGGCGGAAGCCCAAGAACGCGGCGAGGAAGGACAGGUACCAGCUGAACGUGGCUUACAGCCUCGGAGAGCCCGACUCCCUGAAGGGGGCACUCUUGCAGGGCGGGGAAGCGGAAAAGGCUGCAGCCGUGGCCGCCGCUACCAGAGCGCUGCUCGGCCAUCCGCUGCCCACCAGCCCUUACCCGUACGUGGACAUACACUCGAAAAUGUCCGAGUUUCCCGCGUCAGCUUUUGCGCAUGGCUCGCUUGAAUAUCCGGGCCGUGUGGCUGCGUUUCCCACCGUAGGCGUCCUGGGGGGCGCCACGCACACGCACCCUAGUCCCGCGAACCCAGGAUACAUGGUGCCCUGCAACUGCCCAGGCUGGACGGCCUCUGCCCCUCAUCCUCCCGUAGCUUACGUGUUUUUGCCAGGCAUGAGCAAAAGCCUGCACGAAGCGUACCCAGCGUACGCAGCGGCCUUAUGAUGGCCGUGAGAGGAGGAAGACUGGACGGCUGACUGGUUAUUGUGCUGCAGGGCCGCUCAUGCCUCAUGAUGGACCCGUUAAAGUUGUAUAUUUGUACAAAUGAAACGUCUGUAAGUGGUGUUCAGACUCUUUCUUCAACGGUUAAUAAAGCAUUUAAUAAAGUCAAUGGCAAAUAAGAAAUGGCUUGUAUAUAUUUGAAGAUAAUGUAUGUCUAGUGAAUAGAUUUUUUACAGAAAGCUUUCUCUGUAUUGUUUUAGUCCCUUUCUUUCAGUUCACAGAAGUAGUAAAA